AUGAGCAAUCCCCGAGUUUCGCGGAGCAACGCCAGCGUUUUCCGCGGUUCGUUCCUUCAGCUCGUCUCCCGCAUCCCCCUCGCGCUCAUCCUCUGCGCCGCUGUUCUUCCGCGCGCCUGCGGCGAUGCCCCCACGUCAUGUUCCGCCAGUCAUUCUCCCCCCCAUUCCCCCGCGCGCGGCAGCUGUUCCGCCUCUACUGACGCUGAAGGCUUCCCGCGCUAUGCUGCGCCAGUGGGGGAAGCGCCAGCGGGGGAAGCGCAUGUGGGCGGAAAGCCAGUUGGGGGGGAAGCUGGGAUUGGCGGAGCAGAAGGGGACUCAGGGGAACUGUGGGGGAGCAGUGGAGGGGGCAGCGGAAGGAGGAUGGAGGAAGAGUUUGAUUGGAUGUUGGAUGAUGCUGACGAGGACGCUGAUGGGGUAGAGGGAGGGGAGAACGAGGAGGAUGUGACAAUACGAACGAGGGAGGGUGACAGUAACGAGGAGGAGGAACAGGAUAGUUAUCCAACUCCUGAACUCUUGAAGGAGUCCGGAUUCAUGGAGUAUCUUGAUUGGCUGCGAGAACACGGAGUGGAGGGUGACGUGGCAGCUCCUGGUAGCCCUGUUCGCCUUUCACCUGAGGGCUAUCUGGCGGGCUGUAUGCUGCUGCAAGCAGCUGCAAAAAGAGAUCGGGCGGCAGAGGGAUUGUCUUGGGCGGCACUGGCAGGGGUGCUGCUGCCGCCCGUGAGUCUGGCGAGGCCGCUGCCUCUCAUGCUGGAUGACGACCUGCGGAUGGAGCUCAGCUACAAGCCGUUGAUCGACCGGCUAGACCAGCAGUUGGAGCAGUACCAAGAUGAGCACGACGCGUGGGUGAACACCACUCUGAACCGAUCUGCCUCCCCUGUACCCCCUGUGUGUACCCCCUGUGUAUUCACCCCUUGGGUUGGGUCCCAUUCUUGCCAGCUAGACCAGCAGUUGGAGCAGUACCAAGAUGAGUACGACGCGUGGGUGAACACCACUGUCAGCCAGUCUACCGCAGACAACGCGGCCAUGUCUUUCGAGAGCUUUCUCCAAGCUGUCGCUGCUGCUCUCUCCGUGUCCCUGCCGCUGCCCCAAGCCCCGUCGCCUUCAGCACCUGACAGUUCACCUGACAGCCGACCUGCUGCACUGGUGUCUAGAGAUUCAAUCGAGGUCUUCACCAGCGAGGAUAUCCCGGCACACUCUCCUCUCGUCCUCGCCCCAACUCCCACCGCUCCUACUCAACAAACAGACACUGACGUGAAUUCUGCAGCACUUCUACCUCCAUCUCCACCGCCGCUGCUCUCUAACGAUGAUGUUUACUUAAGCACUGGUACUGUUCCGCAAGACACGGCUUUGGACAGGGUCCUUCUUUUUCCCUCUCUUGCCCACGCCCUCCGCUCCUUCUCUCUCGCCUUUCCCUCAACCGGCCUGCCCGCUAAACUGCCCGAGAAAGAAUUUCAGAAGCGGGCAGCGGCGCUGGAGGACCGUGUCGUCCGGGCAGUUUUGGAGGUGAAGAGGAAUGUUUUGAGCGCUGCCCGAGAGGCUGGAGGAGUCACAGAGGGCUCCCGAAAUUCUGCAGCACGAGCGGGGGAGGGCGUGGCAGCACAAGAUGGGGAGAGAGGGGAAAGAGGAGGAGAAGAGCAUGCCAUGACGGGUGGCAAGUGGUAUGGGAUGGAGCAGAUGUGGUUCUGGGAGAUGCGGCGACAUAAGCAGCUGGAGCGCGAGAGGAAGAAGAAGGAAGGAGAGAAGCACCGGAUGAUGCGGAUGAAACACGAGGAGAACGGCAAGGAAGAAAAGGAGGAAUCAGUGGCAGGGGGGGUGGAUCCAGAGGGGCUCUUGGCAUAUCCUGAGGGGCGGAUCGACCCUGAGCUCCUUGCUUACCUCACUGCUCUCGCCUAUCUGCGAUCUAAUGGCAGAGAGCCUGACCCAGCACUGCUGGCAAGAAUAAGUGUGGCACUGGCGUGGAAUCUGGACGGCACCACCACCUGCACGCACAUGCCACUUCUCUCCCUCCCCUCCCACCCACUCUUCCUCCCCCACACCUCCUCCUCCUCUACCACCUCUGCUCCAUCCGCAUCACAAUCCGGUACCUCCACAGCCAAUCACAUGCCGCCACCUGUCGCCGACCUGUUACCGGCGCUGCGGGUGGCAGCAGGCAUGCUGAGGCGGCUGGUCGAGAAGCUUCUGGGCGGCUUCUCGUCGUCCGUGAGCGAGGAUGAGUUCAUGCUGACGUCAGCAGCCAUCUGCCGGCGGUACCGCGACGCUGGGCGGCUGGACGAGGCCCCAUCUGGGCUCUGCCUACCGUGGUUCAUGGGAGCAUUAGAGGAGGUGCAGCAGGUGCUGCAGGUGAGGGCCAAUAAGAAGCGGGUGCUCAUCGACACCUCUGAUUGGCUGCUGCUUGCCUGCGACCCCAAAUACGACCUGCGAUUGGACGAGCCAGAGCCAGUGACUGCAGCAGCUGCUGAGAGCAAGAGGAGAAGAGAUGACGCAGCAGCAGAAGAGGAUGAAGAGGAGAGGAGUGAUGAGGAGAAGUUGGGAGUGUUUUUGGAGUGGGUGCGGGCCCGGGGGAUCCCUGACUUUGGCAAGCCGCGGUCCACCUUCGAGGUGCAUUUCCGCCCAGAGCCCAACAGCUCCCAUUCACCUUCUCUCAAAGCUCACGGGGAGUUUGCAGCCUCCUUGCUGCAGGCCAAAGCACGGUCCAGGAAGCAGCUGACAGUGGUGGCAGGGCAGUCAAAGAAGAAAGGCCAGCUGCUGCUCUCCAUCCCUCGCUCUCUCUGGGUGUCCACCCACACCAUGGCUGAAGAAGCAGCACCCUACGCCAACCCUGUGUGGACGCUCGCCGCCGGAGCUGCGUGGCUGCUUCGGGAGCAGGCGCGGGGGCGAGGCUCGGAGUGGUGGCCGUACCUGCAGAUCCUGCCGGCCUACGUGCCUCUGCCAUUCUUGUUUGAUGCUGCCACGCUGGACGAGCUACAGUCACCCUCGUUUGUGGAGCGAAUCCGCAUGGUCCGCGAGUACUACGAGCAACAGUACAAACUAUGCCACCCACCAGCCAUCGCCUUCGCCUCGCUCCACCAAUUCCUCUGGGCUCUUGCCAUCAUGAACUCCCGAGCCUUCUCCACUCCCGCACCUGCCCGCCGAACCUCCGCCGAGUCUCACACUGACACCACACGCUUUCCCCAAGAGGAAGAGAGGGAGCAGGAGAGGGGGAGGGGGGCAAUGCUAGAGCAGCUGCUGGCACUGCCUGCGUCUGAGAGGCGGUGGUUUGUGGGCGAGCCCAUGGCUCUGGUGCCCAUUGCUGAGCUGAUCGACCACCACCACCCCCACAACGCACAGUACAAG